GGCCGGCACAGUCAUUCGGCCGACGACAUCGCGACCGUGUGCGCGCCGUUCCGUGCUGUUCGAACCACGCGCGCGUCUAACCCCGUCACCCCGCCGACCGGAGAGAUCCUCCGACCACGCAUGAUCUACGCGGACGCUGUGGAACGCGGCGACGGCCACCGUCCGGCGACGGACGACGACGGCCCGGCGCCGCGGCCCUUCACGAUACGGGGUCACCUGGUGCACGGGAUACCGCAGGUCGGCGACUCCAACUACGACCCGGCGUGUCCCACGUGCAACCCGGCCGGCUCGAUCAGCGACCCGCAGGGCACGCCGGCCGCGGUGGACGUGGUGUCCGCUCCGACGACGGCCGUGACCGCGGCGGACGCCGUAGUACCGGACCGCGGUUCGCCGUCGACGAUCGACUACGACGAACAGAGUUUACUGCGGGCCGCGGUCGACGGCCCGCCAGACGCCGUUCCACAGCAACGCGGGGGAAUGAUAACAUAUACUGAUGACUCUGCUAAUGGAUUUAGGACCGGUAUUGCGGUCGUCUUUAUUGCGGGUGAGAUGGCCGGAAUCGGAAUGCUCGCCGCUCCAUGGGCAGUGGUUAACCUAGGAUGGAUGGGAUUCGUCUUGUUGAUCACAUUUGGAAUUGCAACAGCUUACAGCGCUUCUUGUCUCGGGACCUGUUGGCUGAUACUCGAGGAGAGAUACCCCCAAUAUCGAAUUUAUCCCGUACCUGACCCGUAUCCUACGAUUGCGUUGCAUGCAGUCGGAAGACGGACUAGUGUGAUUUUCAGUUAUUUUACGAAAGCAUGUGUACAUAUAACACUGUUCGGAUCCGCAACUGUAUAUUUAAUGCUAAUCGCCCAAACUGCACAGAAGUUGUUUUCUGAUACACAUCCGGAAGUUAGCUUUUCGACGUGGCUAUUUGUAUUUUCAGUAGCCCUCAGUUCACUUAUGUUUUUGGAAUCACCAAAGGAUUAUUGUAUAAUAGCCGUUGGUGCGUUGCUUACGACAAUGACGUCCUGUUACUUUGUCCUAAUGCAAAUUCUGUUGGAUGAACGAAUAAAAGAAGGCACAACUACCGUCGAAACGCAAAAUAUUGUAUUGUCAGCGAACCAAUUUUUCUUAUCUUUUGGAGCAAUCUUGUUCGCUUAUAGUGGAGCGUCAUCAUUCCCGGUGGUACGAACACACACUAUGUUUAAACGAGACGAGUUUUCGCGGAGCGUGGUAACCUCAUUUAUCAUUUUGGCCAUUCUGUUCGGGGCAAUCGUUGUUGGAGGAUACGUCGUAUAUGGUCAUACAAUUAAUCCAAACAUCCUCAUGUCCCUCGGUAAUUCGUGGCUAUCGUACGCGGCAAUCAUUUUGAUGGCAGGACAUUUGAUUUUGGGAUUCGUCAUUAUAGUGAAACCGGUAUCUGAACAAGUAGAAUCGUUCUUCAACACAUCACACACGUUCGGUUUCCAACGGUUCGUAGUUCGCAUGAGCCUAUUGCUUGCCAUGAUAGCUCUGGGGGAGAUCAUGCCAAACUUCAUCAACUUGGUGGCUCUAAUGGGCUGUUCGACAGUUAUACUUUCUACGUUUGUAUUACCGUCAAUUUUCUACUUGAGACUGUGUUCUAUGCAAAGCGCAACUUGGCCCGACAGGAGAUUAUCGUGGAAAUCUAAAUUGUACAUGUAUAUGGUUAUUUUUGUUGGACUUACAAGUGGUACGUUGGCUAUGUUAACAGCUCUUGCUGAAUUAAUCGACUUGCAAUCCUUAAUUCGUCCAUAUUAUGUGUACUAUAUACACUCCGAAGAAAAUACUUAUAGUUAAUAGAAAAAUGUGUGUAUAAUAUUUAUAACAAUAUUUUGUAUAAUAGUAGGUUAUUGUAUUUUUUUAUUUUUAUUUUUUUUUUUUUUGUUCUCAAAAUGUUCUCUUAAAAAUACUAUAGGUUAUAAUAUAUAUUAUUGUAUAAAUGUAUCGUACAUUUACACAAAUUUAAUAUUGUGUAAGUACCUAUGUAAAUUAAUUUAAAUGCAAAAAGUUAUAAAAGGCGUUAUUAAGGAAAUUAUAUACAUUUUUAUACAUUUAUAUAUAUUAAUUAUCCUUAAAAUUAUAUUUUAUACAUUUCAAAAAUAAGAACUUGUAUUAUACAAUUUAUUUUUAUCAGUCAAUCAUCCAACAAAUGUGACAGUCACAACAACGUUACCUUAUACUUCACUAUAAUAGUAAGUUACCUUCACCAUCAGUUUCAACUUUCAACUGAUUAUCUUAAACUUAAAUUGUACCAAGUAGAUAAGUUUAAUGAUAAAUGUAUUGAAGUUUUGCCAUUAAUAUUUGGCUUGGUAAUUCAAGUAAUUUAUGUAGAAAUACUAGUAGUACCUAUUGUAUAAAUUAUAUUGCUUAAAUUGACUGUCGCUUAUGUAUCGAAAUUAUACUUUUGUUUUACUCAUA